CACACACAGGUCACGGUCGACCGUUGUAGGGAACCCCUGUGUUGCUGUAAUGCAAUCCUCCCGCUGAGAAUGUUCUGGUUUCAACCCUGCCCUGCAGAGUGCGCUUCCUCUGCCAGGUAUACAGCCUGCAGGGCUCACCUUGAAGUCAGGCCAUGCGCCGACUGCAGCAGUUACUCAAUCUAAUGUUAUAUAAUAACAACACUUCUCAGGGCCGGCGAUGCCUCCGUGUGCUUGUGCAGAGCGGCGCUUGUUCUUAGCCGCAGAUGAGGAUGCCUUCAGACAUGUCAGCGCUCAAUCACAACAACAAGACUGCUUUGCGUCUGGCAGUCAUCUCGGAGCAUGUGGCUGCAGACAAAAGGAAACGUUCUGGAAGAGUUUGGGUUGAUUUUUGCCAAGGAGCGUUUUCUUUUUCAUCUUUCCUUCGGGCACCUUUCUGAGCUUCAUCCGCGGCAGCUGGUCCUGCUGUUGGCAGUCGCCGCGGCGACCGCCCUCGACCCGUCCCGCAGCCUGGCCAGCGAGAGGAGCUCCAUAGAGAGCACGUACGAGCUGACCAAGUACCUGGAGUAUCAGCUCAAGGAGAUCAAGGACGUCUAUCUCACGUACCUGGGCCCGCCGUUCAACGAUAAAGACUUCUCCCCCCCGCGGCCCAACAGCACCGCGCUGUCCCUGCCCAGCGCCGCCACGCGCCUGGAGCUCUGGCACGGCCUGGAGAACCAGGCCCGGCUCGCCCAGAACCAGAAGGCCUACUCGGUGCUGCUGACGGCCGUCAGGGAGCUGGCCCGCUCCACCCUCUGCCCCUCCCUCAAGACCUCCCUGCUUCACUUCUGCACGGGCCUGGACGGCCUGCUGGGCUCCAUAUCCGCCCUGAUGACCACCCUGGGCUACGCGCUUCCCCCCGCGUCCGCCAACGCCGCCGAGCUGCAGCUCGCCCAGCGGGCGGCGGGAAGCAACCGGGCGGCGCCGCUGAUGAGCCAGAGCCUGUACAGGUCCAGAGCAGGGACGAGGGCGGAGUCGGGUCAGCGCAGCAGCCAGAAGCGCAGCGGGGUGAGGGUGGUCAGGGGGGAGAGGGAGGACGGCACCACCCUGGAGUCAGAGAGAAGGAGGGGGAGGGACGGGAGGAGAGGGGAGGAGGCCUCUGCUGCGGGAAGGAGGGAGAAGGCGAGAGGAGAAAGCAGGAGGAGAGGGAAGAGGGAGGAGCCAGAGGCCGACGAGUGGGCGAGAGGAGAGGGAGAGGUGGAGGCGGGAGGGAGAAGGAGGCGGUUGCUGAGCAUCAGUGAGGAUGGAGAGGAGCCGGAGCCCGGCUUCCGCGUGUUCCUCCAACCAGAGCCCGUCCAAAGCCACAACCAGUACAGCUUCAACCCCAACUCCCACCACACGGACGCGCUGAGGAAGGAGGACGGGUUCAUGGAGGGCACGGGUUUGAUGGAAAAGGCCAUCAACGCUGACGUUCUCUCCUCCUACUCCAGCUUCCAUCAACAGCGCCGGCUCCCUCGCUCCCUUCUCCCCCCCACCCUCCAACCUCCCGCCUCCACUCACUCCCUCCUCUACCAGUUUGGGGCGAGCGAGGCGCACACCCUCGUGCCCCAGCCCCUGUCUUUACGGAGGGGCACCUCGCUGCUCCCCCCUCCCCUUCUCUCCCCCUCCUCCUCUUCCUCCUCCUCCUCCUCGGCAUCGCUCCUGUCGGUGCGGCCGACCAUGAACGACUUCGCCCGCAAGGUGGAGGGCUUUUGGAUAUUGCGGGAGCUGCAGAGCUGGCUGUGGAGGUCAGCGAAAGACUUCAACCGCCUCAAGAAGAGACUCCGAAGCUGAGACGAAGCAGAGGAGGCGCUCGAACACACGGACGUGCAGUUUAUUGGAAAUCUAUUAUUUGCACAAAAUCCGAGUGGAAGCAAACAGAGAGCUUUAACAGGCGACAGCACACAAACACGUUCGUGGUUACCACAUUCAUUCAUACUGUACUGGAAUAAGUGAAUGAAGGACUGUUGGCAGCUCACCAGCAGCGCUAAUGGAAUAUAACACACACAAAGCCAACACAUUACCAGCACUGUCACCCGCCUAAUGCACAUAGCAGCUCCAUGAGCGAGACGCGCCGGGCCUGGGCCCAGUUACCGGACUUCACGGCUCAUAGAUCAACACAAAAGCCAGUGUAGGUGGUUAGAGGCGCGCACGAGGACGGAGCGAGUGACGCUCGGCCGCGCACACAGUGCAGCCCAUUGAUUCGGUGGCUCCCAGAUGCGUGAAUCAGCAAACGGUCACGUUCUCUAAAGUACGUCUGAAUGGGCGAGAGACAAAGGGAGAGCGGGACGUGGCCGGAGGGAUGGAGAGGGCACCGUGGAGGAGGGGGGGGGGGUGUCGCAGCGGAUGGAGGGGAACUGCUGAGUAAUCAGACUGGUCAGUUACAGUAACUCUACACACACACACACACACACACACUGUUCAGAAGUGGGUCUUCACUUUUUAUGUUUCUUUGAACACAAUUUAAACAACCUUAAACAAUAUGUAGAAGUUUCAGGAAACCUGUGUUUUAUUUUCUGGCCUAAAACGACACAACUGGCUUCAACAUGAACCCCAGUCAGUCAGCUUAGCACGGCGACUGGGAACAUGGGGAAUAAUUAAGGUUACUGCGUCUAAUAAGCGUCUCCGGAGCUCAUUAAAACACAUUCUAUCCACCCAUAAACCACAAACUGGAAACACCGCCUCCCUCUUCGCUUGCAACACCAUCACAGCGUCAUCAAUGAAUGGAUUAAAGCAGGACAUGAUGAUUGUUCCACAAAUAAACGUCUUCCGCUGUGUGUCUGUCUGUGACGGGACCAGGUCCAGUCUCAGUCUGAAUGAAUCUUUGUGACUCACGUCGUGAUGUUCCUUCUGUAUCGCCCACCUGGCUUUCCUGUGUUUUCAGCGUGCCUUGAAUAAUGUGGAUGAUGGUUCUAGAUCAUAUAUUUAUUAAACAACAAUUUAUUUAUUUUCCUCCAGUGUGAAAAUACUGUAUUGUAGCGCAAGAGAGAAUAAAUACUAGCUUUUGUACAGA